AUGACACUAACAACCUGCACGACCGUGAUCGACCACUAUGGACUCCGAGUCUCUCCGGUUCGCCUGUCCGACCCUCUAUCCAUCCAGGGUAUCACGCACCGUCCGUUGACGAAGUCCUAUCCGUCUCGUUCAGAAAUCCGGGCUUGCAUACAGGGCGCCACUGGCUCCGCGCGCGGCGACCAGUCCCUGACGCGUCAGGCCAGCAUGGGAGAAGACCAAGUCGCCGCCAUCGCCCUUCUUUCACCAGCGGCGCUCUGCGUCGCUAGGCCUUUCAAAAUGCCGUUCAAAACUCCUGGACGUCACCAAGUCGGCGCAUACUUGGACGCGCGCGCAGCAGCAGCAGCGAACUCUCGAGCCAGGCCAGCCAGCCAGCCAGCCAGUCAAGUCACCCAGCGCGCGGCGCGUGGGGCCCCGGACUAG